AUGUCUAUUAGUGCAUCUACCCCAUCCAAGAGAAUUGCUUUAGCACCAAUUAAUUUGAAUGUUAAUUCUCCGUAUAAAAAUCAAAAUACUUCUACUCCCCAUCGACUUAAUAGACUGAAAACCAAUAUCACCAGUUUAUUAAAUAGUGUAUCCAGACCGUCAACUCCAUACAAAAGUCCAAGUAACAAGAAAAUAUCCAGUAUUAGAAAACCCAACCAUAAAAGUUUCACUAGUAACUCAUUUUCAGAUUAUAAAAUAAGUAAUAAUAAAAAUGCAACUGCUGAUUUAGCUGCUACUAAAUUAAAAUUAAAAUUACAAUUGGCUUUAUAUAAGGUUCAACAACAAAUUAAUAAAAAAAUUAGUUAUAACGAAACCACGCGUCCAAUAUCGAAAUUUAAUUCAUAUACAAAGUAUAUUAAACCAAAUGAAUCAAAUCAUUCAACCCCAACCUCCUUCAAUAUGAGUCAGGUAUCCAGUGCUACCCCACCAUCCCCAACGCAUUACCAAUCGUCGAUUAAUAUCAACUUACAAACCAAGACUAAUUCAUCAAUUGCAAGUUGUAAUAAUCAUCGAAACUUAAAAUUAAAACCUUCAUUAAGCUCAAUUGCUAAACAGAAAAAUCAAUUAAAAUUAUUUCAAAUAAAGAAAAAUUCUUCUUUCUAUAAUGAAAAUAAUCAGUUACCAUUAUCAAAUCCUUCAAUUAAAACUUUCCACCACCAAACAAACUUACCUUCCAUUAAUAAAAUCUUGAAAACCCCAAUUAAAUCUUCUAGAAACUUGGUCAAUAACGAUGAAACCAUCGAUGAAACCAUCGAUGAAUCUUCUUUGGCAAUUAACGUUAAAAAAAGAGAUAUCUUAACCUCUUCUCCUUUGAAAGAACAUAAUUUUGGCACCCCAAAUAGCUUCAGCGUGGCAAAAAGUUUAUUACAAUUAGGAUCGGGUUAUUACUAA